AUGAAGUUUAUAUUCUUCUCUCUCUUUUUUCUCCCCAUGCUCUUAUGUAGCUCUGUAGAAUGCAUUCAUCCUCACCCCCUUGACCCUCUCACCCCUUCAGAGCUCAACCUUGUUCGUACCAUAAUCCUAAAAGCAUACCAAACCUCAACCAAACACAUCAACCUCACUUUUCAAUACGUAGGAUUACACGAACCAGACAAACCUGUUAUCCACUCAUGGCUAUCCUCAAAAACCAAAACUCUUCCACCACCACCUCGUCAAGCUUUCGUCAUAGCCAGGUUUCAAAAACAGUCCCUCGAAAUCACACUAGAUUUUCCAACUCGUUCCAUAAUCUCAACAGAAAUCUACAAAGGACACGGUUAUCCUAUGCUUACCUUUGAUGAACAAGCAGUUGCCUCACAGUUACCAUUCACCUAUGAACCAUUUAAACAUUCUCUAAAAAAAAGAGGUCUUAACAUAUCUCAUGUUCUGUGUUCCACUUUCACAAUAGGUUGGUUUGGAGAGGAAAACACCAAAAGGACAUUGAAAAUUAAGUGCUAUUACAUCAAUGGUUCUGCUAAUUUGUAUAUGAGACCAUUGGAGGGUGUGUCAGCCGUGGUUGAUCUUGAUGAAAUGAAAAUUGUUGCUUACUCUGAUAAACAUGUGAUUCCAGUGCCGAAAGAUGAAGGGACUGAGUAUCGAGUUUCAAAGAUGAAACCACCGUUUGGUCCAAAGCUUAAAGGCAUAUCUGUCAUCCAACAUGAUGGACACGGUUUCACCAUCCAAGAUCACUCCGUCAGUUGGGCCAAUUGGGUCUUUCAUUUGGGAUUCGAUAUUCAGGCUGGCCCCAAGUCUUUAUUCCAUACCAAGACCCAACGGAGGAAUGAUGCAUACUAUUCUGGCUCAGAUGGUACUCCUGUUAAGAUAUCUAAUGCUUUCUGCAUAUUUGAGAAGUAUGCUGGUGAUAUCAUGUGGCGUCACACAGAAAUUGGAAUUCCAAAUGAAGUGAUAAAUGAGGUCAGGUCAGAUGUAAGCCUAGUAGUGAGAGCUGUUUCAACUGUUGGAAAUUAUGAUUAUGUUAUUGAUUGGGAGUUUAAGCCAAGUGGUAGCAUCAAACUUACGGUUGGGCUUACGGGGAUAUUAGAGGUUAAGGCAGCGACAUACACCAACACAGAUCAAAUCAAAGAAGACAUAUAUGGCACAUUGAUAGCUGAUAACACCAUUGGUGUCUACCAUGACCAUUUCCUUACUUAUUAUCUUGACCUCGACAUUGAUGGUGAAGCCAAUUCCUUUGUCAAGGCAAAUUUAGAGACAGUAAGAGUGAAAGAUCAGAAAACACCAAGGAAAAGUUAUUGGACUGUUGUAAAGGAAACAGCUAAAACAGAAAGUGAUGCAAGAGUUAACAUUGGUUUGAAGCCUUCUGAGUUAGUAGUGGUGAAUCCUAAUAAGAAAACAAAACUAGGAAAUACAAUAGGGUACCGUUUGGUUCCAGGAUCAGUUGUGCAUCCACUUAUGGUAAGUGAUGAUUAUCCACAAAUUAGAGGUGCAUUCACUAAUUAUAAUGUGUGGGUGACACCAUUCAACAAAAGUGAGAAAUGGGCUGGAGGAUUAUAUGUUGAUCAUAGCAGAGGUGAUGAUACUUUAGCUGUUUGGAGUCUCAGGGAUAGAGAGAUUGAGAACAAGGACAUAGUAUUAUGGUACACCAUGGGAUUUCAUCAUGUUCCUUCACAGGAAGAUUUUCCGGUUAUGCCAACUUUGAGUGGUGGAUUUGAGCUGAGACCAACCAAUUUCUUUGAGAGCAAUCCAGUCCUUAAAACAAAAUCACCAGCGUCUAUGCAUUUCCCUAACUGCACCUCUCAACAUUACUAUGAUUAA